AUGAUUUGUAGUCGAAGGAUCCUUUUUGUUGGAUAUGCAGCUCUUCUUUUUCUGGUGCUAAUUCUGCAAGGUUGCUACGCUAGAACAAACAACAACUGCACCACAUCUUGUGGCAAUAUCCACAACAUUAGCUACCCUUUUCGAUUGAAAACCGAUCCUGAAAGCUGCGGCCACAAAGAGUAUGAACUUACUUGUGAAAACAACCUUCCAGUAGCAUACUUGGAUUCGGCAAAAUAUUACGUUGAGUCUAUCAAUUACAAUAACUACACAAUUCGAGUGAUGGAUGCCGGUGUCCAAAAGGAUAAUUGCUCCUCCAUCCCUCGCCAUUCUUUGAAUACAUUCUAUAACAGAUAUUGGAGAAUUCCACUCCUCUAUUGGCCACAAGUAGUCUCCUUUGAGAAGGAAUACUAUCAGACCUUAAUUUUCGUAAACUGUGAAGAUCAAGUACAGAGUUCUCCACUUUAUGUGGAUGCUUCUUCUUGCAUCAAUAAUUCUGGUUAUUGGUAUGUAAAGGUUGGGGCCACAAAUUUAUCGGAUUUGGCGGACUCGUGCCGAAUAGAGCAGAUAGCUAUGACAUCUAUAAUGCCGAAAGAAGUGAAGAACAUUUCAUAUAAGGAUCUUCACCGCAUUAUGUCAUACGGAUUUGAGCUUUCAUGGUUUUACGGUUGCUGUGACAACUAUAAGGAAAACCUCUGCAACCUACCAGAUUAUUUCAUAGACUAUUGCAGUCCUGUUGAAUCUUAA